AUGAGAGUGGCCCAGGCACAUCACCAAAGCUUCCACGAGGGUAACGAAAAAUAUAUCGCCACCAUGAAGUGGUUCACAUCACGUUUUCUGGCUGGCUCAGUCUGCGCCGCCCUCACAUGCGGCCUGGUGAGGUCGACUGAGGUCGAAUCAUCCCAUCACGGCAACCCCCGCCUUCCUACAGAUCGAACGGAUGACAGCAACGCGGUCACAUAUCUUACAUCCAGUACCCGGCAACGAGAAUCAGUCUUCACUGAAGCAGUUCAACUACUAGAGUCCAUGAACUCAUCUCCCUCCUGCAAUCGUGUGGCUGCAACCAGACUGGUCACCUCAUGUCAAGACCUCGGAGGCAAGGGCAACACUGAUCCGCACACAAAUCAAGCUCUCGAUCAGAUUCGGUCUGUCUACGCUGCUCGACUGGCGAUCUGUGAGCUUGAAGGCGCUGGCGCUGGGGUGCCUCAACCGUGUGUUCCAGUAACAGUUCCACCUCCCUCACCGUCAGCCUCGGGUUUCCGAUUCUUUCGGCGAUUCAGAUCUAUGGAUUGCGGCGAAGCUAUACUCCCGAAGAAGGACUUGGAGCAGUGUCUGAGAAGCCUCGAAUCGAGACCUCAAUGGUGGACCUCCUACAGCAACAACAGGCAGAAUGCAUUGAUCAUCUGCCAAGCCUCUCGCAUCGAAGCUGAGAAGGAAGAAAUGCUGGGUCUCCAUCUGUCUCUUGCAAAAAGCACUACGAAGCUUGAUGAGGGGCUGCAGGAAGCUUUACGCCAGGCUGCGGAAACCUCAGCGCAGCACCAAGCAUUUCUUCAGACGGUUCAAGCGCUACAAGACCGAAUUUCAAGUGAGCUGGAAGAGAGGGGGUCAGUACUUCGUGGUCUUUUCGGGAAUUUUUUGAAUGACAUCGAAGCUGGCUUCGAUACAGUAGCUGCGGCUUUCACGUCAGCGGUUGGGAAGGUGCAAAUGGAGACAUCACUCCUGAGCCAGAAUAUACAAAACACCUCUUCGGAAGUUGAUGUCCUGCAGCAGGUCUUGCGGGCCACUCAUGAAGAUACAAUUGCUCGACAUCACCAAGCACUACGAGUGCAGCAGGAGAACUCGCUCGCAGCGAAGGAACUUGCAACUGAUCUUCAUUCCUCAUUACGCUCCCUGGCGGAGACAGAUGUCACGCAGCUUUUUCAACAAAUGGCGAACGUUGACGUCGCUUUGGAAUGGCUUAUAAGCCGAGUAAUGGUUGCCCUUGAGCAAGAAAGCAAGCUGGCUGAGCGACUCCAAGCCAUGGACACAUCGAUGAAUGAAGCCCAAGUGAAAGCAGUCGAGCUCCAAAAAGCUCAACGUCUCCAGGCUGAUGCCUUGGCUAUCCAAGAACAAGCACAAGAGGCAAUCAGAUUCAAUACCCAGGUAUCACAGGCUCUGCUGGACAGGGCAACAACAACAGCUGCCAACCUACAUACUAUAAUCGAAGAGGCGGCGAUCAAGUUCAGACAAACCCCCGGUUUACACCAGGGGGGUCUCUCAAUCUGGACAGUCUGUCUUAUGCUUCUUAUUUUGAUCGGCGCGCAGAAUUUCAAAGCUGCUUUUGGCCUGACGUUUUUCAUUUUCGGUGAGUUGGAAGUCUUUUUCCUUGCUGUGACAGACAGUGUCUGA